AGGAAAUAUCGAAUAACAAUGGCAUGGUGGCCAUAAAAACAAAAACAUAUUGCUCAGCAACUACCGGUAUCAACGGCGGACAAGCGAUGGUACUUGUGAAGACCCCAGUACUAGACGACAAGGACUUCGACCUCCUGGAGCUCCACACGUUGAAGGUCAACAAUUCGAGGAUAAAAACCGACAUAAACCUGGUGGCAAAGCACGGCAAUCUGAUCUACGCCCAAACGACAAAAUGCGACAUUUGUGAAGGUACCAAGCUGAUCGAGGACGAAUGCAUCCAUAAUAUCUUAACGCAUCAAACACCAAAAUGCACACUCAAAACUCACAAGAAGGAUGCCAAAAAGAACCACGUCGAGGCACUGAUGCUUAGAACAAAGAAGCUAGAAGAAGUAGAAGCAACCGAUGGUUCGAACAGUCAAACAACAAGAAAGGACCCCGGACAGAAGCGUCUGAAACUCAUCCCAGAACCAAGGUUCGAGCUCCUGAAACAUCAAACGAGGACGCUUGAUACUUGAGGGGGGAGGCGUUAGGAUCAGAGUUGCCCACGUGCCAUCCCAUCAGAACGAGCCAUCGACCGGCCCAUCGAUCGAUGCAACGUAAAAGUGAUGACCCAGGGAAUUAUCCAGCUGAGGUGGCAACGUGCGCAAAGCCAAGCGAACGACAACGGAUCGGACGACAUCGAUGCAGACUUUGACCGGGACCGUUUUGCUGAGUUGAUAGAUUUAGUUAA